AUGGAGCAUAAUCCUUACGUGUUUAAAAGCUUAGUUAACAUUUAUGAGGAAUAUUUAAAUUUAAUAAUUCAUCGUGUGAAGGGAUAUAAAGUUUUAGUUCUUGAUGACGAAACGAAGAGUAUUAUAUCGUUAAUAUUUUCACAUUCAUAUAUAUUAGAGAAGGAGAUAUUUUUAACUUUAAAUUUUAAUGAUAAAAACAUAUUUGAUGAUAUAUAUAACAAUAAUGAUAAAAAAGAGAAUAUUGAUUUUAUGAAUUAUAAGAUAAAGAAUUUAAAACAUUUGAAAGUAAUUUUUUUACUAAGACCUACAUAUACGAAUAUAUUAAAAUUAAUGAGUGAACUUAAGAAACCAUUAUUUUCAGAAUAUUAUAUAUUUUUUACAAACACAGUAAAUGAUAUAUAUAUAGAAAAGUUAGCUAAGGCUGAUGAAUUUGAUGUAAUAAAAAAUAUAUUAGAAUAUUAUAUUGAUACAUAUGUAUUACAUGAUUAUUUAUUUCAUUUGAAUAUAGACUACACUUCCUUUUUAUAUAAAAAUGAUAAUAAAUUUGUAGAAAAAGAAAAGAAAAAAAAAGAAUUAAAUUAUUUUAAACAAUAUAAAAAUAAUAUUAAUAGUAAUAAGAACCAUUCUAGUGAUAUAAACUAUGAAAAAUUAACUAUUGAAGAAUUUAAUAAACAAGUAGAAGAAAAUAAUACUAAUAAUAUGAUAUAUGAUGAAAAUAAUAAUGAUAAUAUUAUUUUUAAUAGUCAUUUUAAUUUAUCUAGUGAACAUAUUAAUAAUUCCAAUAUAACACUUUAUGAGAAUCAAAUAGUUCAAAGAAUUAUUGAUGGUUUGUUUUCUUUCCUUUGUUGUGUAAGACAAGUUCCAGAUGUUAUUUAUAAUAAGCAUUCUAAAAUAUGUAAACAUAUUAUAGAUAUGUUAAAAGAAAAAAUGUUAAGACAUCAAUCUGUAUUUGAUAAUAUAUUAGAUAUAUAUGAAAAAUAUAAUGAUGAUAUGGAGAAAAAAAAACAAAAAAAAUUAUUAGAAAUGAAUAAUGAACCUAAUUAUCAAUUUAAUCAUUUAAUGAAUCAAAAUAUGAAUGAUAUAAUAGAAGGUGAUGCUUGUUAUUUUUUAAUUUUAGAUCGAAAUGAAGACCCUAUAACACCUCUACUUACACAAUGGACAUAUCAAUCUAUGUUACAUGAACUUAUAGGAAUAGAAAAUAAUAAAAUAAAUUUAAAUAGUAAUAAUAAAGAAGAAGAACAAAUUGUAAUGUCAUGUAAUUAUGAUGAUUUUUAUAAUGAACAUUUAUUUGAUAAUUUUGGAGAUCUAGGCCAAGCAGUUAAAAAUUAUGUAGAUAUAUAUCAAGCAGAAACUUCAAAAAAAACCAAUUUAGAAUCUAUUGAUGAUAUACAAAAAUUUAUAGACAUAUAUCCAAAUUAUAAAAAAUUAUCAGGAAAUGUAACAAAACAUGUUAAUAUUUUACAUAAAUUUUCAGAUCUUGUUCAAAAAAGACAAUUAUUUUAUAUAUCAGAGUUAGAACAAUCAAUAGCUUGUUAUCAUAUAAAAAAUGAUCAUUUUAAACAAGUUAUUGAUACUAUAAAAAAUUAUACUUAUACUAAUUAUGAUGUAUUAAGAUUAUCUUUAUUAUAUUCUUUAAAAUAUGCAGAUGAACAACAUAUUAACAUUAUAAAAAAUGAACUAGCGAAAAGAAAUAUACAAAAAGAUCAAAUUUUAUUAAUAGAUGCUUUAUUAUUAUAUUCUAGUCAACAAACAAAAUAUAAUCAAUUAUUCAAAGAACAAACAUUUUUAAAUCUAGCCAAAACAACCAUUACAAGAACUAUCAAAGGAACAUCCAAUGUAUUCACACUACACAAAUCUUAUCUUUAUUAUUUAUUAGAAGAUAUUAUAAAAUAUAAAAUUAAUACUCAGUUAUAUACAACCACAAACUUGUUACACACAGAACCUAAUUUAAAUAAAAAAAUUAAUUCUAUUGUAGUUUUUUUUAUAGGAGGUGCUACAUAUGAAGAAUAUAGAGAUGUACAAUAUUUGAGUAAAAAAUAUAAUAUAUCCAUUGUCUUGGGUUCAACCCAUGUGCAUAAUUCCCAGUCAUUUCUUGCAGACGUUUUGCAGCUUAUCAAGAAAUGA